AAGUAUAGAAGUUGUGAUUGUAUAUUUUGUUUAAAUUAUUUUUGUGCACAGAGGAAGGCGUCAUUUUGAAAUUUGCACAGGUAAUGAACUAUAAAUGACAAAUAGGUGUACAUGAUUAGGAAAAACGUGGAUUUAUAAACGGCUGUCAAACGUAACGGCACAUCAAACAAGCGUUCGUGUGAUCGAUCGAGGUCAGUGAAAAAAUACAAGGCCGCGUUGGGCCGCGGGAACGCUUGGACAUCAUGUUUUACAAGUAUUUGUGAAAUACCAGUUCGCUUCACUAACAACCAAGCAUUGGCAAUACUCAUGUUCUCGUGUUUUUUCUCGUAGGGGAAACAUUCUUUGAGACGUUUUUAUUACUUUUUAUAAGAUUUAUCAUAACACUAGUAAACAAAACACCACAAUGGAAUUGCGGACGAUGGCCUCCAAGUGUCGCCAGAUAUGAGCACAAUUGUUCAGGGUGUAUCUGGGAAUAGUGAACACACUGAAAUAGUACCGAGAAGGACGUCUGGAUAUAGGACAUUAAAAGUGAAUACGAUUCUCCGACACAGUGCGGAUUUAAAUUCAUUACAAUGGCGUUGCAAUCAGGCGUUCCCCGUCACGUCGUCGUUACGUGGUUGCUGGUUCACGUGCUGUGGGCUGGCUCCGCACGGGGCCACGGCCGGCUAAUCGACCCACCCUCCCGAUCCUCCAUGUGGCGGUACGGGUUUAAAACACCGCCCAACUAUGACGACAACCAGAUGUACUGCGGGGGAGUCCAGGUGCAGUACGAGCAAAAUGGUGGGCGGUGUGGCAUCUGCGGGGAUCCCUGGAACGGUCCGCGACCCACCGAGCCGCCCGGCAAGUACGCAAACGGCAUUGUGGUCAGGAAAUAUAAGCCAGGCGACACCAUCACGGUGGUCGUGGAACUGACCGCCAACCACAAGGGCUGGAUGGAGUUCAAGCUGUGUCCGAACGACUUUCCGGAGGAGACCGUCACACAGGAGUGCUUGGAUAAAUACGUGCUUCCCCUGGCGGACACGCGGACCACCAGAUAUAUUGUACCAAAUCAAAAUGGGUACCAGAAACUACGGUUUAAAGUGGUUCUUCCGUCGCAUAUACGGUGCCGGGCAUGUGUACUGCAGUGGAAAUAUAACGCCGGAAAUAGCUGGGGCACGGACGCCAAAACCGGCCGUGGUUGUAUAGGGUGUGGCAACCAGGAGCAGUUUUAUGGCUGUGCGGACAUUGCCAUAGGAUAUGAAGUAGAAAUACCAGCACAUAAACCACUUCCGGCUGACAAGGAGGACGAGGAUGUUGAAAACACGACACCGGAAGUUCCCAAGUGGCACUGGACUCCGAGACCGGAGGUAGAGCCAGAAUGGCCCAAGGACAAUGACAAGCAGAUACAAACAGUGCACAGGGGCAUGGGAACCUUCAGUUUUAUGCCGACGAUGAACAAUAACGGCAUGAAUCCAUGUAUGUGCGUGUGCAAGCGGCCGCCACUUAAACUGCAGAGCCAAGGUAAUGACUUGGAGGCAAAGUUCUUCGAAGGCCUCGACGGAGUGGACAGCCAAGUGUGUAUGUGUAUGUGCCAAAAUAAUAGCGCAUCCAAUCUUCAUAAAUCCCUUAACUUACUUGUUUUUGCUGGUGUCAUGCUUUUAUUUUUAAUAAGAAAAAUGACAACCUGAAUAUAGAUGUUAAAUAUGUUCCUGGUGCGCUGGUGACAUGAACGCCUGUCCAUUAUAUACUGAAAGGUCUUUACAUGGUUCUUACAAAGGUAAUAAACGAUCCAUAUCUGACAAAUGGAAAUGCAUGUGUAAAAAUAAAACAGGGCGAGGAUUUCGAUGUUAUAUAAACUAUUUGAGGGAUGACAACUCAAGUACAUUAUUCUUCAGCUUUUCUCGAUUGUUUGUGAAGAAUUUUACUGUAUAAUUAGUCUAUAAUGUUGUUUUGAUUGUCUGGCUCCCCUUUGUCGGGACAUAUUGAGGGUAACCUUAGUGCCUAGUAUCUACAAGAAAUCUGUGAUCGCAAGCCAUUGUUCACGCAUGUAUGUAUGAAUGAAUUUCUAUUUUGGGCUUCAUGUUGUUGACCCAGUAAUUCAAUUAAUUCAAUUGUGCAUAUUGCAUAUAAAUAAACGUCGUUGUCUCUUUAUUCCCUGAAUAGACAAUGCAUAUGUUUAUAAUUUGAUUAUUUCAAUAAAUGUUAAAUUAU